AUCGUCGUGAUCUUUGCGAUACUGGCCAUUUGAACCCCUGCAGGUAGGCAAUAGGUUGCCCACUGUCAGCGGGUGGCUAGCGUGAGUCUGCCCCCCUGCACUGGCCCAGCUUGCUUGCAGCCCCCGGCCGGCAGGGUUGCUGGCUGGUCCCGUACUCAGUACGCGUGCUUGGAGCUGCCUUGAGCUCCGACGACAUCAGCUCUCGCCAGACUAUCGACCCGUCGACCUCAUCGUCCCUUUGCCCAACCCACCUGCCUCCCGCCUUCACGACCCCACCACCAUCACCGAACCCAGCGUUUUCUUCAGUUUCGUCUCCAUUUCCUCGAGUACUUGGGUGGUUCAUUUCCAAGAGAGCAUAGCCCACAUUCGACGUCACCAUGGAUACACUCGUCGCAAAGUACAGCCGGCCGGCGUACGCUCAGAAUGAGGGCCUCACAGAGCAGGAUGAGAUGGACUUCGCCGAAGGGGUGCCAGGCCCAUCUCUGAAGUUUGCCAUGCCACCAGUAGCACAGCCCUCCUCCUGGCUCCGUGCCGCGACAGACGACCGCUCCAACCCUCAAUGUCCCAUCAAGAUCGCCCACGGCACCACGACCCUCGCCUUCCGCUUCCAGGGCGGCAUCAUCGUGGCCACCGACUCCCGUGCCACCGCGGGCAACUGGAUCGCCUCGCAAACCGUCAAGAAGGUCAUCGAGAUCAACAGCCAGCUGCUGGGCACCAUGGCAGGAGGCGCCGCCGACUGCCAGUACUGGCUGGCCUGGCUGGGCAUGCAGUGCCGCCUGCACGAGCUGCGGCACAAGCGCCGCAUCUCGGUCGCGGCCGCGUCCAAGAUCCUCGCCAACCUCGUCUACCAGUACAAGGGCAUGGGCCUGUCCAUGGGCACCAUGUGCGCCGGCGUCACCAAGGAGGAGGGCCCCGCGCUGUACUACAUCGACUCGGACGGCACGAGGCUGCCUGGCAACCUGUUCUGCGUGGGGUCCGGCCAGACGUUCGCCUACGGCGUGCUCGACGCCGAGUACAACUACGACCUGUCGGACGAGGACGCGCUGGAGCUGGGCCGCCGGAGCAUCCUGGCCGCCACGCACCGCGACGCCUACUCGGGCGGCUUCAUCAACCUCUACCACGUCAAGGAGGAGGGCUGGGUCAGGCACGGCUUCAACGACACGAACCCCAUCUUCUGGAAAACGAAGCUGGAGAAGGGCGAGUUCACAAACGUCACGAGUAACCUGGACUAGAUGGGAGGAUCAAGGAGCACCAUGGGGUCUCGCAGGGUGAGGCUUAGAAAAGGGUCCAUAGAGGAGACAUGGGCACGGCAGGGUUCGAGAUGGGUCAUGAGGUCCUAAUGCCAGGCCUUCCCAUCUUCUCGGCCACAUUCAUGACAGCCGACCAAGAUGGCGGACGCCCGUGUACCUGUACAAAUAAAUGAUGAGAUGUUUUCCCCACGCAACGUGCCAUGUUCCUGCGCUUCACCGCUGCGGCUAGAUUGCCAGCCAAUUCUCGGCACGGUCAUUGUGUUCCAACGCCUCGUUAUGCGGAUUACGCUACACAUAUCUUACAGAGAUGCGCGUCCCUCACAGACCUAUCCAUCUCUUCAGCUUGGCCAGUCCCGUCCCGAGCGACCCCUUGGGAGCCGGUUCGUCAACGGCGGGCUGUAGCAGACGCACAAUAUGCCUCUUGGGCUCAUCGUACUCCGUCUUCCUGUGGGGCGUCUUCUGGUCCUCGGUCUGCUUGUGCUCGUGCUCCACCUCCCCGAUCUUUACUGAUUCUUUCAGCGCCUGAUCCGCCCUAGGCACCCGCCCACCUGCGGGAGCCAUCUUGGGCUUGAGUACAGGCUUGCCUAGGGGUGUCUGCUUGUGCUCGUGCUCCACCACCCCAAUCUUUACUGAUUCUUUCAGCGCCUGAUGCGUCCCAGGCACCCGCCCACCCGCGGGAGCCAACCUGGACUUGCGCGCAGGCUUGCCCAGGGGGGUCUGC